AUGCAUUUUCCAAAUUCCCUCGCUCUGUUCUUCUUGAAUACUGCACUAGGCUCAGCUGGAACGGGGUGCGGCGACGCAGACGCCUGCCUCGGCACCGAGUUCUGCGCCACAGCCACCUUCACGACGCCUAUUGCUACGACUAUCACAACCUGCAUCCCAACUCCCACUUGCCUGGGAGUUUACCAGGACUGUUCGUCUGGCGGCCAGACUGUCGGCAACUGCUGUUCGGAAUACUGCGCCGCUACCAAGUGUCGGUCGACUGAUGGUAAAUGGCCUGAUUGCCAGGAGGAUGGAUUCCCCUGUCUGAGUGACGGCAACUGUUGCUAUGGGAAUCAGUGUGUUGCGGGACGUUGUGCUAAGCCGUUGAGUUGA